GCUGCACUCGCAACAGUCGCGUUUCGAUGCAGUUCCCAAACUCGCCGAACUCGGUGGACGCGAGUUUUCUGUCCUACUCGGAGAGACUGCCGUCGCUCCAAGUCCCGACGUCGCCGUCGUUGCUUCGCCGGCAAGGAACCACUGGAGGCAAGAAGCGGUACAUGCACAACUGGGAAAAUAUCUUUGGCCGACACACGAGCAAGUAUUCAGCCAAGGGUCUGUGGGACUUGGUAAAGAAGGAAGGCAAGAUCGUGUUAUUCCUUAUCAUCCUUGGCGCUGCGGUGUCGGUGCUGGACUAUGCGAUCAACGAAUCGAUUGUUGGGCUGCGGUCGGUCCAAUCCAAGCUCUUUACGUUGCUGGAGUCCCGAAGCCCCAGCAGUGCCGACGACGGCGCGCCCGCCGUGUGGAACUACUCUCUGCUUGGAGCAAUUGUUUGGGGCAUGCUCUUUGCCUUGAUUUCGAUUUCGUGGACGCAUUUCGUUGACCCGUUUGCAGCUGGCUCGGGCAUCCCGGAAAUCAAGACCAUCUUGUCCGCAGACCAGCGCCACGCCCCUGGGCGGUACCUUCGAAGUCGUACACUGUUUGCAAAGUCGAUAGGCCUUGCCACCGCCCAAGCCAGUGGUCUGUCUGUGGGCAAGGAAGGGCCGUUCGUUCACACAGCAUGCAUCAUCUGCCAUCAACUGAUGAAGCACUGCCAGUUCUUCCAGCGCAUUUAUCGCAACGAGUCCCUCCACCGACACAUGUACAAUGCAGCGUGUGCGGUCGGGGUCGCUUCGACGUUUGGGGCUCCAAUUGGCGGCGUUCUCUUUUCGAUCGAAGUCACCAGUUCGUUUCUCUUGCUCUCGAAUUACUGGAAGAGCUUUGUCGCGGCCGUGAGUGGGUCUGUCAUGAAGCAAGUCCUCGACUACAUCACCACCCAAUCCCAACAACGGUUGCACUCGUUCCAGGCGCUGUUUCCCACAACAUACAGCGACAAGUCGUUUGGGCAAUUGGAACUGCUUUCGUUUGCGCUCCUGGGGAUCGUCCUGGGCGUGCUGGGGGCAACUUACGUGUCAAUGGCGACGCGUUUGCGCCGAUUCUACGCCCCCCUCAACCGGCGUUGUCCUCUUGUGUGGGGCGGGUUCAUUUCGGUCAUUGUUACGCUUGUUUUGUUCGUACCAGGGCUGUUCAACCACCUUGGGGUGUCCCUCACGCUCAAAGAACUGUGCGCCCCCACGCCCCUCGGGCCGCACUGGCAAUGGCAACAAAGCGUCUUUGGCCCCCUUGCGGUGAGUGCCAUGUCCAAGGUCUUUAUCACGCUCCUGUCCGUAUCGCUGCCGAUUCCUUCCGGGGACUUCAUCCCGCUGUUUACUGCCGGCGCUGCGUUCGGACGGAUAUGGGGAGAACUCCUCGUGGUCCUGUACCCCAACGUCGAGAUCGUACCUGGUGGAUAUGCGCUUGUGGGCGGCGCUGCGUUGGUAGCGUCGUCGACACACACGAUCUCCGUUGCAGUGAUUGCACUGGAGCUGACGGGGCAGUUCAUCUACUUUACGCCGUUGUUUUUGGCUGUGUUGUUGGCCGGAGGGAUGGGCAAAGCGCUGAGUGUGUCCGUCUACGAUAGUGUGAUCAUCUCGAAAGGGCUGCCGUACUUGCCGAUGCUGCUGUGCCAUGAACUGCGCACGAACAACGUGUGUGCGAAAGACGUCAUGGAGGAGCACCUCACGUGCCUUCCCAACCACACAUCGGAGGGCGAGAUUCAAGCGCUCCUGAAGCGAUUUGGUCGAAGUAGUGUACCGGUCGUGCUAGAUCGCGAAAGUCGUCUCUUUUGCGGAUGCGUCGCACGGGAAGACCUCCAAGCGCUGCUCACUGACGACCAAGCCACGACGACGUCCCACCUCCACACAAACGAGCACAUCCUUCUCCAACAAGACAGCAUGAGCAAGGUGGCGGAUGAAGGCACGUUGGUGCUGUCCGAUGUGGUCGAGAUGAGCGGCAACGUGAUCAAAGUCGAUGAAGAUACACCCCUCGAAACCGUGCACUUGCUAUUUGAAAUGCUCAAGUGUGCCAAGCUGUUUGUGACCAAGUUUGGCGUGCUCGAAGGCGUCGUGACGCGCGCGUCCAUCCACAAUCGGCUCACGUACCUUGCUCCACAAGACCCAGCGACACCUCGGCAAGAACGAGAGCAGACCGUCGAACGCCACGAUGACGUCGUGUGCUGAGUGCGAUCAAGUUCACAACACAGGUGAACUGCCGGCCCUGUCGUUUGCAUGCUCGCUUUAUUACAUUGUGGCCACGUUGGCCAGGUGCCACGGCGCAAUGUCACCCCUCCUGGCACGAUACUUGGUGUUCG